AUUUCCAAGGCACCAGGAUAGAAGAAGAUGAAACUAGAGCUUUGCUACCAAAGACACCAGAUCAAGGCAUCAUUGCAAAAUUCGCUCACGGUGGCAGUGCUACGGUAUCAAGAUGACCUAGAUCUCCAAUUUAUUAUGGAUGAAAUUCAGACAGGCCUGCAGUGCUGUGGAGUGGAGUCUUACCUAGACUGGAAAACAAAUGUGUACUUUAACUGCAGUUCUCCUGGUGUGCAAGCUUGUGGUGUUCCUGCUUCCUGCUGCCUGGAUCCACUGGAAAAUGGCACUGUACCGAAUUCCCAGUGUGGCUUUGGUGCCUUGGUCCUGGAGGAGUUUGUGGCUCAGAGCGUCAUCUAUCUUGGAGGUUGUGUUCCCCAGCUGACCAGAUGGCUUAAUAAUCAUGCAGGAACAAUUGCCUUCUAUUCCGUACUUCUUAUUGUGAUUGAAAUAGUGAGCUUAUUGUUGGCCACGAAACUCCUGGCAGGCAUUGCUUUUGCCACCACUGAGCAUGACAGUCGGAGGGAUGGGAAGUUAUUACUCUAUGAACACCAAAGCCAUGGGGGAUUUUAUUCAUGA